UAUUGUUUAGAAGAAAAAACAGAAGUGAAACCAAUUGAAAAUGAAGUUCUUAAAGAAAAACAAACAAAUCAAAAUGAAAAUGUAUCAAUAACAAUACAAUCCGAAAUUCACGAAGAUGAACCAUCAACUGCUGUUGGUACUGAUGAUAAAAAGAUAUCAGCAAAAAAUAAAAAGAAAGCAGCAGCUGAGAAGAAAGCCAAAGGUGGUGUUGAUGCUAAAACUUUAAGUCUUAUGAAAGAAUUUCAAAAAAAACAAGAAGAAGCGAAAUUAAGAGCUCUUAAAGAUGAAGAAGAAAAACAACGUUUAGACGAAGAAUUUCAAAAACAACAUGAAGAAAAAACACGUUUAGAUAAAGAACGUCGUGAAAAAAAGAAACAAAAAGAAAAAGAACGUAUACAAAGAAAAAAAGAAGAAGGUUCUUAUUUAACAAAAGAUCAAAAAGAAAAACUUGAACGUGCUCGUAUUCAAUUGGAAGCUGCUGGAAUUCAAGUACCAGCACGAAAUACAACACAAACUAUACCAAAUAAUAAAGAACAAACUGUUAAAAAACGUGUUCUUUAUGAUGAUCGAAGAAAGAAAACACAAACAAAUGCAAAACAAGUAGAUAAUGUUGAACGAACAACUGCAGCAUCACGAGUAGCUAAAACACCAAUUGGAACAGAGAAAAAACUAUCCGCUAAAGAAGAAGAAAAUUUGAAAGAUAAUUGGGAACAAGAAUCUGAAGAAGAAACAAUUAAUGCUGAAGAACCAGAAAGUCCAUCAACAGAAAAUAAUCGAAAUAAUUUUCAACAGACAAGUUCUAUUCCAUCAACAACAACAAUUACAAAUGAAAAUAAUGAAAGUUCAGAAGGUGAAUCAUCCGAUGAAGAGACAUCAACAGAUGAAAGUGAUGAAACAAGUUCAUCAACUGAUGAAGAUGAUAAUGAUCAAACAACACCUAUGGAACGUGUACGUCGUCGUUUAAAACGACGUCAUGAAUUAUGUGAAAGUCGUCGUUCAUCUGAAGUACUUCGUGCACCUGUUAUCUGUGUAUUGGGUCAUGUUGAUACGGGUAAAACAAAAAUUUUAGAUAAUCUACGUCGUACACAUGUACAAGAUGGUGAAGCUGGUGGUAUAACACAACAAAUCGGUGCAACAAAUGUACCAUUAGAAACAUUACGUGAACGAACGAAAAUGUGUAGAAAAUUAAUAACACGUGAAGGUGAAUAUAUUGUACCAGGUCUUUUAAUUAUUGAUACACCUGGACAUGAAUCAUUUAAAAAUUUACGUUCACGUGGUUCAUCUCUUUGUGAUUUGGCUAUACUUGUUGUUGAUUUAAUGCAUGGAUUAGAACAACAAACACUUGAAUCAAUAAAAUUAAUAAUGGAUAGAAAAACACCAUUUAUUAUUGCACUUAAUAAGAUCGAUCGAUUAUAUAAUUGGAAAGGUGAUAAUAAAAAAAAUGUUGAACUUGUAUUACAAGAACAAGGUCAAAAUACACAAAAUGAAUUUGAUAAACGUUGUAAUGAUAUUAUUGUUCAAUUUGCUGAACAAGGUCUUAACGUUGCACUUUAUUAUAAAAAUCCUGAUCCAAAUGAAUUUUAUUCUAUGAUACCAACAUCAGCACAUACUGGUGAUGGAAUGGGUUCAUUAAUUUCAAUGAUUAUUGAAAUAUGUCAAACAACUUUAGCUAAACGUUUAUCAUAUACUGAUGAAUUACAAGCAACUGUUAUGGAGGUAAAAGCCAUUGGUGGUUUAGGUACAACAAUUGAUGUUGUUCUUGUUAAUGGACAUUUACGAGUUGGUGAUACAAUUAUUGUUGCUGGUCAAGAAGGUCCAAUUGUAACACAAGUUCGAGGUCUUCUUAUGCCAGAACCAAAUAGAGAAUUACGUGUUCGAAAUCAAUAUCAAAAUUAUAAAACAGUAAAAGCUGCUCGUGGUAUAAAAGUUGCUGCUAAAGAUUUAGAAAAAUCUAUGGCUGGUUUACCAUUAUUCGUUGGUCGAAAAAAUGAUGAAACUGAAUAUUUUAAAAAUGAAAUUCAAAAUAUUCUUAAAACAGCACUUAGUUCAAUUAAAUUAAAAGAAAAUGGUGUUUAUGUUCAAGCAUCAACAUUAGGUUCAUUAGAAGCUUUACUUGAAUUCUUAAAAACAUCAAAUAUUCCGUAUUCUGGUAUUAAUAUUGGUCCUGUACAUCGAAAAGAUAUUAUUCGUGCAUCAACACAACUUGAAAGAGAUCCACAAUGGGCAGUGGUUUUAGCAUUCGAUGUUCGAAUUGAAAAAGAUGCUCAAGACCAUGCUGAUACCGUUGGUGUAAAAAUCUUUCAAGAUGAUAUAAUUUAUCAUUUAUUUGAUAUGUUUGUUGCUCAUCGUGAACGUGUUAAAAAAGAAAAUCAAGAAAAAUUUCGACAUCUUGCUGUAUUUCCAUGCAAAUUAAGAGUUUUACCACAAUAUAUAUUUAAUUCACGUGAUCCAAUUAUAUGUGGUGUAAUUAUUGAAGAUGGCAUUGUUAAAUUAGGUACACCAAUAUGUGUUCCAUCAAAAGAAUUUAUUGAACUUGGUCGAAUUGUUAGUAUUGAAUUAAAUCAUAAACCAUUAGAUGUAGCAAGAAAAGGUUCAGAAGUUUGUAUUAAAAUUGAUCCAGUUAGUGGUGAAGCACCGAAAAUGUUUGGUCGACAUUUUGAUGAAAAUGAUUUAUUAAUGAGCAAAAUUUCGCGUGAAGCAAUUGAUAUUGUUAAAGAUCAUUUUCGUGAUGAUAUGCAAAAAUCUGAUUGGCAGUUAAUGAUUGAAUUAAAAAAAAUAUUUAACGUUCUUUGA